GAUGUUCAUCCCAUAGUAUAGCGCAUCGCUAAAAAAAUAAUUUGUUUGUACCCCGUUUUCACCUGCGCAAACUUUGUAAUCAAUCACUCUUAGCAUCCUUUGUUUUGAUUAUAUAUAAUUGUAAUCAAACAGGAAUCAUAACAUGGAGAAAAGUGGUAACCCUCCCCCAUACGGAUGGGGCAAUGGUUAUCAUGUGCAAGUGCAGCCACCGCCGGCGGCCCCGCCGAGCUACUCGCAGGCGGUCGGGGGUGUCGGGCCCUCCAGCCCCUACACUCCUCACUAUCCUCCUACUGCCGGGCCUCAAAUUGUAACUACAGUUGUACCAGUCGGACCACAGCCUACUCACAUGAUCUGCCCAAGCUGCCAUGCAGAGAUAGACACUGCUACCCAAACAAAACCAGGCCUGCUUGCAUACAUAUCUGGUGCCAUUAUAUUUUUGCUGGGAUGUUUCUGCGGUUGCUGCCUCAUCCCUUGCUGCAUAGAUAGUUGCAUGGUGAUACACCACAAAUGCCCCAACUGUGGGGCCAAACUUGGACGUUAUCAACGAUAAGGACCUACUCAGUGUUAUUAGCCAUGUAAAUAAUACUUAAUAGUAGGAAAAUCAUCUCAAUAAAAACAAAAUUAACAAUGAUCUGGAUCUAAAAAUCUCCGCAUUUAAUUUUGCCAGAGAUGUAUUUAUAAGAACAGGUUUUACCAUAUUUAAAACUUAUACUACUUUGAAAAAUAAAUUUACACCAGUUAACAGGGCUUAUUGGCCUACAAAAAUCAACUAUUCUAAUAUGCAGAUUCUUCAUAUUAUAUGAAUAUGUGCUAAUUCCAUAUGAAAUGCCAAAUAGCCUUCCCUUUUAUUAAUUAUUAUUAUAUGUAUGAGAAUCUCAGAUUAUUGUCAAUUAUUUUGCAGCUGUGAUUGUUUAGGAUGUUUACAAAGAGUGUGAGGUCACUUCAAAUAGGUACAAUUUUUUUUUAGGAUACAUUUGAACAGCACAACUGUUCAUAAUAUAUCAUUUUAUACUAAAUUAGCCCACUUACACUGUCAAAUCUUGUUUCUGUUAGUAUUUUUAGUAUUGUAAUUGAAAUGAACAGUCUUGCUCCAUGAGUACUUAAUUGUGGUGACCUGGCAGGCUAGCAUGGCCGCGCGAUGAAUGAUAAAUCAUCAGGCAACCCCUAUCGCACUAAAUUUAAGUGCGAUAGAGACGGCCAGAUGUUUUAUCAUUUAUCGCGCGACCAUGCUUAUACGCCUGGUUUGUCUUAUAUCCUCCGUCUAGUAGGUGAGGUGAUCCAUGGUUUAGGGUCAAACUAAUUUUCUUAUGGUACUACAAAUCUUAUGGGAGUAAUACAUAAGAUAAUAAGCUCAUGAAUCUCGUUUUGAAGAGAACAUAGAUUUACACACUUCUCCAAUAUUUGUACCUAAAAUGUGUCUCAUUCCUGAAUGUGUCAAAAUGUUAUCCGUAAGUUUUCAUCAUGUUUUUGCGUAAAUAUUAAUUGAACAUUGGAUUUUUUUAAAUUCAUAACUUUACUGUCUUCCCUGUUACAAUUUCAAAAACCUAAUUAUUAAACAUACGGUGACUUAUUUAUAUACUGUGAAUUAACAAUGAAAUGCUAACCAGUUUUUAAUUUAUAUUUAUUAAUUAUUAUCUAUGGAAUCACAAGUAGGUAUUGUAAUUUACUAUUAUUUUUUGUGACCCAUGUAUUUAGUAAUUCCGGUUAUGUGUUCAUUUCAGUCAUUACUAAUUUAAGUUGCCUAUUAGAAUCACAAGUUUUAUAGCAGGAGUCACCAAUCGGCAGAACGCGGUCCGAAUACAGAACGCCGACCUAUCCAAUGCGGACCCCGUGUAUUAUUGUCAUCUUAUAUUUACAAUCUGGACCCCUGGCAGGCAAGCAUGGUCGCGCGAUAAAUGAUAAAACAUCAUUAUCAUUUAUCGCGCGACAGUACUUGCCUGCCUGAACUAACUGGUGACCCCGGCCCUAUAGUAACAAUCUUUAAUUAAGGUAAACCUUAUGUUAGGAGUAAGUUGUAGACAUAACAUCAUUUCAUGCUUGUACAUGUUUACUAGGUAUCUAAUUUAAAUGUUAUGUUAUAUAUCUUAUUGAGUACAUUAAGUACUAAUCUUAAUAUAUGCAUAAACACAAUAAGAUCAAUAUUGAUGUACCUAAUUAUAACAUGGAGUCCUUGCUUUGGUGUUUGACAUGUAUUAAAUUGUUACCCCCUUAUUCAUAAACGUACUCUAAAGUUAUCAAGCCGAUAAAGUUCGUUUGUCCCUUUCCGACGUAUUGGUGUGAAAAAAAAGGACAAACGAACUUUAUCGGCAUGAUAACUUUAGAGUACAUUUAUGAAUAAGGGGGUUAAUGUAUUAAUUAACUAAUACAGGUUAAAUUACGAAAGCUAUUGAUUCGAAUUCGCUGUUAAAGUUGAACUGGAAAAAUGAACUUGCUAAAGUGUUCAUCAUCCUUCUACUGAAAAUUUUAGACUGGUUGAAUGACUAUAGUUAUUAAGGCGAGGGUCUCAAUUAGAAUUUGUAAUUUUGUAAUUGUAAAAAAAUAUAAUUCCAUGCUGCAUA